CAAAUCGCGCUUAAAUUCUUAAAAACAGAAAUUCUGUGAAAUUAAAAGAAAACUUACAAUAAAUAUAAUAGUAAACCAAAUGGCUUGCAUAUUAAGACCCAAACUAAAUCGAAUUCCUGGCGGUGGCAUGCCCUUAGCUAAAAAAGAAUCAUAUGCCAAAGAUCUCAACAAAUUAACCCAGGUGGAAUUGAUGGAAAUCAAGGAAAGAGAAGAAAAAUUAUUAAAAAAUAAGUCAAAAAUGCAAAAAUUACCAGACAAAGGGAAACGUAUACAAGACUACUAUGACAAGGUGCUUAAAGAACUGGAGCGACGUUCCAAUGUGGAUGAAGCCGCCAAAUUGUUUUCCAACUUAAACAUAGCCUCGCAAGGGGAGAAAGCAUUAAAUGAAUUAGAGUGGCAGGGAAAUUUGACAAAUCUACAAGAAAAUCUGGAUCCUUUGGAAGAUGUUUUAGAUAGUGAUGAUGAAAACGAAAUGGAUCCCUUAAAGAUUAUAGCACAAAGACAAAUGCAUGAAAGGAAAAUAAAAAUCGAACAACCCGAAGUGAAGCUAAUAACAGAAGAAGAUCUUAAAGAAAUUGAAUCGUUUAAAGCAGAUUCUCCCGAUUCUGGUGUGCCGUCGGAAAUAGGUUCUAAAGAAACACAAGCUGUGAAUGUCAUUGAAGCUGAAAUUGUAGCCAUAGAUAUAAAGGAAAAAUUAGACAGCAUUAAGCCCAAAUUACAAACUCUUAAUAGUAGUAUAAAUUCCAUUAAUGGAGAGUCUAGGAGUAGUAGUGCCUGUUCGCAAACAUUGGAUUUAGAGCCACAUGUUCAUUAUUUAGUGGACAUAACUGAAACUAAUGUACAGCCAGCGACCAGAGAAAAGUUUAGACCCUACCGUACCACCAUCUCUAAUGUUCAUGACCCCACAAAAGAAAGACUACGUAAGCAAGGCAAACAUUGGGAAAUAACAGCAGCUACACCACCUCCCAUUCAACAUAAUGGCGCUCAACUUCUUAAUCUAAUGGAUUCUGUAGAAAUUCAAGCACAAUAUAUAGUCAAACUUAAGGAACUCCAAGAAAAACAAGCUGCCGACCGUUUGGCUGCUAAACUUAAACGUUUAGAAGAUCGUAAAAUUGUACUACCAUCCGAAGAAGAACUCAAAACAAAAGCUGCCUUUACAAAAUAUCGUAACUCUAAAUCUCAAAUUCUUAAUAUAGAAGGCGAACAAAAAAUCAAUGAAGAUGACGAAGUACACGAUCCUUUGGAUGAGGAAAAGUCGGGCGGUGUAAACUAUACCGUUUUUGAUUAAAACAACAGGUACCUUUUUCUUUUCAAUAUAUUUGUAGUUAGAUUUUUUCUUUAUUGAAAUCAACAACAUUUAUUUAACACUGAUUGAAACAUUUAACUACAAACUCGAUUUUGGGUUUCUCUAAAAAAUAUUGGCCAUUAUCAUUUAUAAACAUUCUACGACUCUUAAAGAGCUGAGCUCCUUGAUUUUGUUUGUUUUUUUUUUUUUUUUUUGUAAUUUGGCUGUCUUAAUAAAAUGUAUAAAUAGUUUAAA